GCAUUGUACUUUGUAAUGGAUCUUCCAAGGGUGUGGUUAACAGGAAGUAGGAGUGGCCAAGUGCGGCAGCAGGGUAUAACUGUGCCGGCCUCUUCAUCUCUCUGCAUUCAUCUGGACAGAGCUGUGCAGCAUCCUGACCAACAAGGCAGUGACAUGACAGACCCCGAGCAAUCAUUCGCUGGCCCACCACUGACUGUGCCGUAUGACACCAACAUUCCGAGGGGAUGCUACGACCAGCUGCUCAUCACCAUUACCGGGCAGUUCAACCCUGACGCCAAUGUGUUCACGGUGGACAUUUGCCGCGGCAGCGACAUCGCCAUGCACAUGAAGUUGCAUUUCAGCGAUGACGGCGGGCAGAACAUCGUACGUAACUCCAUGGUGUCCGGCGAGUGGGGCACCGAGGAGCGAGAGCUCAGCUGCCUCCCUUUUGCCCGUGGUAAUCCCUUUGAGCUGAAGAUCCUGUGCACCAGUAAUGAAUUCAAGGUGACGGGGAACGGCGAUUACCUGUUCGAGUACAAGCAUCGCAUCCAGGAGCUCGACUCCAUCAAUCAUCUUGGCAUCUAUAACGAUGUCACUCUCACCGGUGUCAGCAUGGACACCUUGCCUUAAACCCAGAGGCACCACUAGAGAUUUUAGGCCCCAUGAAAGCAUAUCAUGUUGGGCCCCCAACUCAGACCAAUAAAAUUAUGUUUCAAAUAUUUCAGGGUCCUGCAAGUGUCCUACGCUCCCCAUUCCCCCUUUAAAACGGCCCUGCUUAAACCUACCACACAGAUUCCCAUUUAGUCUCCUUACUCAUUCUUAUCCGCUUAUCCUUGCAAUAACACUAGGUGGUGCUAUUACUUUACAGUUAGUAUAGCUGUUUUAGCAAAGGUUACCAAACAAGAUAAGAUAGUUAGGUCGUUAGAGUAAAUUAAUAAGCCCCAGGGAACCUCUUUAUGUUAACCAAAGGACAAACGUCAGAGACCAGCCCAACUUAAUUUAUCGUAAUUAAGUUACGUAAUUAAGCACCAAAUUAAUAUCAUUCCCCUCCAAUACAAUGAUUAAUACUUUGCAAAUGUAUUCUGUAUGUAAAUAUGUAUUCUGAGAUGAUGUUGGUGUCUGUUUAAUAAACAUUACGUACAGAUGCAA